UAGCAUAAAAAAAAAAAAAAAAGUGGAAAAAAAAGAGAACCAAAAAUAAGCAGUAAGGAUUAGCAAGGGAUAAAGGGGAAGGAGGAAAAGAGGCAAGAAGGAACAGAAGCAAGAAGGAACAGAAGCAAGAAGGAACAGAAGCAAGGAAGCACAGAGGAAAAGAGGAAAAGAAGCCAUAGGGAGAAACGAACGAGGGGUCCACAGCGGAAGCACCUUUGCAAUAGCAUAAACGUUACCGCCACACAGCAAAAGAACCCCCCUGCGCAGGAGUUCCCCCCGCACCCACACACCACCUUUUCGCCUUUAUACAAUAAGGAGGCACACAAGCGUGAAAGAGCAGAAACAAUCGAUGAAGUUAUGAGUCAGAAUGGAUAACAAAGAAAGCAUCAAACAGUACGUGAAGAAAGUGAUAGAGCACAGGGAAAUCGAGAGCCAAGUGAAGAAUCUCAGAUUAGAUAUAAAAGAGCAAAAUAAGAUAUACGAAAAGACCGAAGAUAACUUGAAGGCACUGCAAAGUGUUGGGCAAAUAAUAGGGCAAGUGCUAAAGCAGUUAGAAGAUGAGAAAUUUAUCGUGAAGGCAUCAAGUGGGCCUAGAUAUGUGGUAGGAUGCAAGUCCAAAAUAAAUAAAGGGAAAUUAGCCAUAGGCACGAGGGUGUCAUUAGACAUGACCACUCUGACGGUUAUGAAAAGAUUGCCAUGUGAAGUAGACCCAUUAGUAUUCAACAUGAUUAGUGACAUAGACAAAAGUGAAAAUAGCAAAAAUAAAGUGAACUACAAUCAGAUAGGAGGAUUAAGUGAGCAGAUAAGACAAAUGAGGGAAGUGGUGGAGUUGCCAAUACUUAACCCGCUUUUAUUUAAGAGGGUAGGAAUUAAAACACCCAAAGGGGUGCUACUGUACGGUCCACCAGGUACAGGGAAAACACUACUAGCCAGGGCAAUGGCAUCAAACAUUAAUUGUAAUUUUAUGAGAAUAGUAGUUUCAGCCAUUGUAGAUAAGUACAUCGGUGAAAGUGCAAGAAUUAUUAGGGAAAUGUUCACCUAUGCUAAGGAACACCAACCGUGUAUCAUUUUUAUGGACGAAAUUGAUGCCAUAGGAGGAAGGAGAUUUUCUCAGGGUACUUCUGCAGAUAGAGAAAUUCAAAGAACGCUCAUGGAGUUGCUAAACCAUUUAGACGGUUUUGAAGAAUUAGGAAAUGUCAAAAUUAUUAUGGCUACCAACAGACCAGAUGUCCUAGACCCAGCGUUAAUAAGACCUGGUAGAUUAGAUAGAAAAAUUGAAAUUCCUCUACCGAAUGAGACUGCCAGAAUUGAAAUUUUAAAAAUUCACGCCAAUAAAAUGACCAAACUGGGGGAAAUAGACUACGAGUCGGUUUGCAGAUUGUGUGACGGUUUCAACGGAGCUGAUCUCAGAAAUGUCUGUACAGAGGCAGGCAUGUUUGCCAUUCGGUCUAUGCGCGAUUACGUCAUUGAGGAGGACUUUUACAAGGCCGCUCGAAAGAUUAAUGAGGCUAAGAAGUUGGAGGGUAAAAUCGAGUACGAAAAAAUUUAGGAGGUGCAUGUCCGCUGUGUGGAAGGGUUUAUAGAUGGG